UCUACACUCAAUUGUACAUUUAAAAAAAAACCUCUAUUUUUAUUUUAUUAUAUUUAUUUGAUUGUCACAUUAGUACUGGUACACUAGGAGUUUUCGUUAAGAAAAUGACGUUCCUGGAGGACCGUGACUUGCAAGAUGUGCCCAGUAUCAAGGAAUAUUACAAAGGGAAGACGAUUUUUAUAACUGGAGGUUCUGGUUUCAUGGGAAAAGUAUUGAUAGAGAAACUCCUCUACUCAUGUUCGGAUUUGGAGAGGAUAUACUUGCUCCUCAGGAGCAAGAAGGGAGUCAAAUCAGAAGAUAGACUAGCAGAUUUGUAUAAAAGCUCGUGCUUCGAGCGUCUUCGCAAGGAAAUGCCUAACGUUUUCAAGGAAAAAGUAUUUUUCGUAGCUGGUGAUAUUGCUGAACUUGGAUUAGGUCUCUCUGAUGAAGAUAGGAUGUUGCUGAUUAACCGAGUUAACAUAGUUUUUCACGUGGCUGCGAGUGUUAGAUUCAAUGAUGAGUUGCAAGUUGCAGCAAAAUUAAACUUACGAGCGACGAAAGAGAUUGUUGAUUUGGUGAAAGAAAUGCAUAAUCUUGAAAGCUUCGUUCACGUGUCCACAGGCUACUCGAACACCAAUCGGGAGACGAUAGAGGAAGUCAUGUAUCCCCCCCACGCUGACUGGAGGGACACGCUAGCUAUAUGCGAGUCCGUAGACCCUCAGGAGUUGAAGGUUCUUACACCUAAGUAUUUAGGAGUUCUACCCAAUACUUACGUGUUUAUGAAGCAACUAGCAGAGCACGUAGUUUAUGAGAAUCGUGGAAAACUACCAGCCGUAAUUCUUCGACCAUCCAUAGUUGUAUCCGCAAAUAUGGAGCCCAUACCAGGCUGGAAUGCGUCCCUAAACGGUCCUCUUGGCAUCAUGAUAGCGAAUGCUAAAGGUAUUCUACGUACUGUAUUAUCAGACCCUGAUCUGAGAGCUGAUUAUAUUCCCGUAGAUGUCGCUAUAAAAAACUUUAUAGCCGCGGCCUGGAUUCGGGGAACUAAAAAAUUAGAACCAACAGACGAUAUCCCCAUCUACAACGUAUGCGCUGGGUCUCUGAACACAAUUACAAUGCAAGAGAUGGCCGACACUGGUUAUGCUAUGUUGGACAUCGUCCCAUUCGAUGAUGUUAUCUGGGUCUCAAAUAACCCUAAAGUUUCCAGCUCCAGACUGCGGUAUAAUAUUAGUGUUCUAUUCGAACAUUUGUUGCCAUCUUUAUUUAUUGAUUUACUGUUGUACUUAAUGGGGAAAAAACCACUACUGGUCAAAAUACAACGAAGAAUAUACGUAGCGCAGAUAGCAUUACAAUACUUUACUACGCAGCAAUGGACGUUCUGUAAUGAUAACUUUAUUAAAUUGAGAAGUGUGUUGAAGGAAGAUGAUAAGAAGGAGUUCUAUUAUGACGUAGAGAAUAUUGACCAUUGGAAUUUCAUGGUGGUCUCAGUUUAUGGGGCCAGGAAAUACGUUUUGAACGAAAAAGAUGAGGAUCUACCGAAGGCCAGGGCGCAUUAUAAGAGAAUGAAAAUCGUACGGAAAAUAACUCAUGGGUUAUUCUAUAUCUUUGUGUUCUGGUGGUUUUGGAGGACCGAGUUUGUGCAAAAUUUAUUGAGCUGAAAGGAAGUAAGUAACAAUAAAUAAAAAUGAAAAAUAAUAUAUUUAAUCCAAGAUUUGUGUUUCCAAGACAAUGUAUGAAUAUAGUGUAAGUACCAAGCUGUAAACUCUAUUGUAAACAGAAUAGUUCAAAAAUGAAAAUUAUUGAAGUGAAACUUCUUUAUCGGGGUUGGAAAAAAUUUUGUGUAACAUUUUUUCGUUACGCGUGACAUUUUUCCGUUACGCGC